AUGUCUACAUCACCUAAACGCGCCGUUGUAAUAGGAGCUGGAAUCAGCGGAGUCGUGUCUGCUGCACACUUGAGAAAUGAGGGGCUGGAUGUGACGGUGUACGAACGAUCAAGUGCUGCAGGCGGAGUAUGGCUCUAUGAUGAGCGGAGACCUCUCGAGCCCGCCUACCCUUCCGUUCUGCCAUCCAAGGGAGAAGUCUACCCUGAUGAUCCAGUCUUAGAGCUCACCGAGACAGAGACACAAGCAGUACGGCACGCUCCACCAGGACCCUGCUACGUUGGUCUAAAGAACAACGUUGGUACACGCCUGCUCACCACAACUCUUAAUUCAUUUCCAGAGGGAACUGAAGACUACGUCAGUCAUUCGGUUUUGAAAGAUUACAUUCAGGAUACUGCAAUCAAGACUGGAGUGGAGCGUAUCACACACUAUGGUACAGAAGUGAAGAACCUGUCCAAAGUCAAUGGGAAGUGGAAAGUUGAAACUGUAGCCUUGGAACGUAACUCUACAGGAAACGUAGAGCGCAAGUCCACAACCUCGAACUUUGACGUGGUUGUCGUGGCUUCAGGUCACUAUCAUGCGCCAAGGGUGCCCGACAUCCCUGGCAUUGGUGAUGUGAAGCGACAGUUUCCGACAAGGAUAACACAUUCAAAAGGAUAUCGGACACCGGAGCGUUUUGCAAACAGGAACGUACUCUUGAUCGGGGCUAGCGUAUCAUCCAGUGACAUUGCUCGAGAACUUGGUCCGAUUGCCAAUUCCAUUUAUCAAAGCCACCGUGGUGGUGCUUUCGACCUCCCGGCCAGCAUACUCCCCGAAAACGCCACUCGUAUCGAAGAAGUUGUGGCUUUCGAACUUUCAAAAGAGAACGCGGAAGCAAUUGACGAGAAUGAACCACUUCCGGUGACGAUCAAGCUCAAGUCCGGCCAGACGCUUUGCGGGAUACACGACAUCCUAGUCUGUACAGGCUACCAUAUUACCGUCCCGUUCCUCCCUGACCUGCACUCUGACAACACAGCUGCGGCCGAUGCAUCUCCCAUCACACUUGUUACGGAUGGGACACAGUUACACAAUCUUCACAAAGACAUCUUCUAUAUCCCGGAUCCCAGUCUGGUUUUUGUCGGUGUCCCCUACUUCACAGCCACUUUCACACUCUUCGAGUUUCAGGCCAUGGUCGCAGCUAAAGUUCUUGCUGGCAAAGUGAAUUUACCGAGUGAGAAGGGCAUGAGAGAAGAAUAUGAGAAUCGAGUCGCACUCAAAGGUUACGGCAAGACAUUUCACAGCUUGAGAGAAAAGGAAGUUGAAUACGUCAAUGAGCUUCUAGCUUUUGCCAAUCCGCAGCUGGAUACACAGCUACUUGGACAUACCGAGGUCUGGCAUGGAGCAAGAGCAGAGUUGGUCGCGAGAAUGAAGGCCAUGUUUGCUGGUGGCAACGAGUCUGCGAAAGAGUUGGGCGUGACGUGUGCGUAGAACAGCGUCGAUACCAUUUCGCGAGACAAAAACUCUGCCUCAGUGAUCUCUGCGGAACUUCGUAUCCAAAAUCUCUCUUCUUGCUAUUCCACUGUGUGUGAGCGGCUAGACUAUUCGGACUCGGUCGUUGAUCUACGCCUAUCGCCGGGCACGCAAUAUGCAUCAAUGUUUACGCUACAACGUCUGACCCUCAUUGGUCGGCACACCGCGCUGCACAACCACCCAUUUUUGGACAGACCCCACAAAGUCGCGCCCCAGUCGUACGGUUCCUCCAUAAGUCGUACUUGUACCCUGCAAUGACGUUUUCUGAGUUCGGCCCGUCGCCAUUCGCAGGGUCGCUAGUUUACCACGGCUCUAUCGAGGGAGCACCCGCAGAGCGGGGAAGCCUGCUCAAUCCCUCAGACUCUAUAGCAUUGAGUGAU